AGUUGACCACGAACUUUGCUAGCUAGUAGUUCUGUAUAUACGAGCUUUUUCAUUCCAUCGUCUUAUCUCAAUCGUGAAUGUCGUGGUUUUUUAAAUAAACUUUAAAAACAUUAUCAAUUACCAUGUAAUUAUCUUUUACUUUUAAGAAUUAAAUUAAUUGGACUAAAUCCGAAAGGAUUUUGAAAUAGUUUUCAAAAAAAAUUAAGUUAGAAUAUGUGCUUGAAAAUGACUGAAACAAGUGUCAGUGUUCGUGUGGAUUACACCCUCUUCAUCUUCACCAUCGUAACAUUUAUCUGCGUUACGAUAUCAUCAGCGUCGAUUAUCGGAGAUGAAUGCGACUGGACUGGAAGUGGUUUAACAUCAACAGUAUCAACGAGAGGUGUAACGCCAGUUUACCUUCGUUGUACAGCUGGAAGAGUAACAUGGUUGUAUCCCAGAGGUGCUUUAAGGAUUCUUUUAAGGAUACCAGCACAAGAUAGAGAAUUUAGAGCUUGUAUAAAGCUACAUCACGACGGUGGUAAAGAUGUAGCCGCUCGCGUUUUCCUCGAGGGGCCAAGAUCUUUGCAUCCACUUUACGCCAACCAACAUGUUGGGACGAAGGCUGUCCGAUGCUUCAACAGCAAAAAUGGUGCGGUCGCUCUGUACGUAGAAGCGAGUGAUCCGGACAGUGUCGACAAGAGAGUUGCUGACAUUGAAUACGACUUGCAACCUUUGCCUAAAGGAGCUACUGGCUACGACCCAUCAGAAGAAUGUAGACCUUGCACUGGCGAAGAAUUGGCACACGCUUUCUGUACGAGUGAUUUAGUUGCUAGGGGGAUAAUUCGCGGUGUUGAAAAUGUGGAUGAUCUUCAAAUAUCAAAAGUGUACAUGAAAGUUACGAAAAUGAUUCGACACACAACCGUGGAUGGGUAUUACAGGGAUCUUGAAACCAAUUCUAUAGACAUUGGAAAUGAAGACGAAAAUGACGUGGUGUUAAACAUGCCUCAACAUUGUGGUGUUAAUUACGGUUUGGGAGAGUUUGUUUUUAUGGCAAAACGAAAACUAGGUGACUUAACGAUAAAGUGUGCUCCAAGAUUGGAAGAUUGGGCGACUUUAUUGCAUAAACUGUCUGACGAAGGCAAAGCCCAUUGUGUAUUAAGAAGUUAGCCGGCCUAGAGACUUACAUUUUUGAGUAGCUAAUUCUGUGAUUGUAUAGUAUUUGGAAAGUUCUUAGAUAAAUUACGGUUCGAAAUUUUUGUUAAACCACGCAGGCAAUUUUGUGCAAUUAUUGCAUGUAUCAUAUAAUUUGUAAAUAGUUAGUACUCCACAUUGGAGGUGAUAAAUUCGUAAUUCGUUUAUUGUUAUGUGUAAAUAAAGUAAGAUGAUAAAA